GUCCGAGAUACGAAGCUGAAGCGAAGCUGCGGAUCGGAAUGCUGUCAUGCAAACCAUGCAAACAAGCACCUGCAGCUGCCAGAGGGCCUAUCAGCCUCGCCAGUCAAUUUGGGCGAUUCAAGCUCUCUGACUACAAGCAUUAUUCAUUAACACCAAUACUCUGUAAUAGAAGAACUAUACAGAUGGAUAGGUGACGACUUCUGCAGGGCGGGGACCCUCUCCAGAUCAGGCAUCCAUCCGAUGACGUUUCCUUAUCGUGGCUUAGUAAGGAGCCAACGGCGUUCAAGCUGACAGCAGCCAGCAAGAUACUCAGCCUCCACCCUCAGGAAUUGGCCGUGAGUCAGUGGAUUAUUUAAAGAGGAUGUUGAAUGAACUGGCUACAAUCACUCGAUAUAGCAUAGCAGCACGUUGACACCAGCUUCAAUCCACACCCUAUCUCAACUACAGCCAACCAUGGAGCUCGAUAACGGCCACCCGCCGACUGAAACAUCGCGGAAUGCCGACCACCUCUGUGUAUUUGUACACGGACUAUGGGGCAACCCUUCCCACCUGGACUAUGUCACCUCAUCGCUGAGGAGCCGAUACGGCGAAGACCGUCUCCAUAUUCUUACGGCGAAGCGAAACGCCGGCAACUUUACCUACGAUGGCAUCGAGGUCGGUGGUGAACGAGUGGCACAUGAGGUUGAAGAAGCACUGGAGGAGCUGGCAGCAGCAGGGCAUCAUAUCAAGAAGUUGAGCAUGGUGGGAUACUCGCUUGGAGGUCUUGUGGCUCGAUAUGCGCUCGGGCUGUUGUAUUCUCGGGGAUGGUUCGAUAAGCUUGAGCCAGUGAACUUCACCACGUUUGCAUCGCCGCAUGUGGGCGUUCGAAACCCCCAAAAGGGAGCCUGGGGCUUCCUCUGGAACAAUGUGGGGCCUCACACUAUAUCUAUAUCCGGAAAACAACUGUUCAUGAUCGAUUCGUUUCGCAACUCAGGUAAGCCUCUGUUGAGUGUGCUAGCCGACCCGGACAGCAUCUUCAUCAAGGCACUGAAGAAGUUCAAGAACCGUACCGUGUAUGCGAACGUUGUCAACGACCGGUCCACAAUUUACUAUACCACGGCAAUCUCGACGAUCGACCCAUUCCAUGACCCGGACAAUGUCCGCAUCAAUUACGUGAAGGGCUAUGAUCCGGUCGUGAUCGACUCCGAUAGGCAUAUCCUGCCGUCAGACAAGAAACGCAUAGCAUCACACUCACUUGUUCCCCAAGCACAGCAGCAACUCAUGAGAUACCUGGCAGAAGCCCCCUUUCAGCUCCUUUUUACCACCAUCCUAUUCAUCGGCUUUCCUAUCUUCCUCGUUAAUUCUGCCAUUCAAACCAUCCGCAGCCAACGACGAAUCCGUCUGCACGAAGAGGGACCCAUGGGAACCGUCUUCGGACGCUACCGGGUCCCCGUUGUUGUCCAAGGCGUGCAGCACGCAGUAGAAGAGGCUUUCGAGCACGCAGCCGCCGACCAAGGUCCAGACUACCUGGACGAGAGCAAAGGAGAAACGAAACAGAUGGCCUCCGCAAGGAGAGCCAGGACAAGCGAAAGCAAGAGCAGUGCACUCCUGGGCGAUGACAGCCCCGACAGCGCCUCUGAACCACUACUCGCCCACGAAGGCCACGAAACCCAAGAAUUCCCAACCCUCGCAUUGACGCCGGAUCAAUUCGACAUCAUCGAGUCACUGAACUCUGUGGGCUUCCGAAAGCACCCGGUCUACAUCCACAAUCACCGGCACAGCCACGCCGCGAUUAUCGUCCGUAUGCCCAAGCCGGGAUUCGAAGAGGGCAAGGUAGUCAUCAAGCACUGGCUUGACCAAGUUUUCGAGCUUUGAUAAUGGCCCGGAGACGAUAAACACGAACCUCAGCUGCCCAUGCAACACCCACUUGAUAGACUUUCCCCACUCACUUCAGUCAUCGCCUCACUGUACUCCGUACUAGAACUCUAGACGAAGACCAUAUAAUGCAUAGACUAUACCAUACACAAC